AUGGGUGGGCUCGGAACUGUACUGUAUAGAAGCGUUGCUAAAAGGUUUUCUACUUUAUUCCUUGCUGCAGCUGGCGGUGCAUUCUUUUUUGAGAUUAACAGAUUUCUACUAAUAUUUCAGUUCUAUGAGGUAGAAAACAGAAUGUGGUGGUCAAUUACUGUCAUGGUAAGUCACCAUCGUGAGAUGUCGUUCUAA